AUGUUCUCCCUCCGUGCUGCUCAAAGACUCGGCUCCAAGGUUACCCCUUGCUCCCAGCGCUGCCUCUCGACCCUCGGUCGUAGCAUGCUCGCCACCAACCCUGUCUCGGUUGCCCAGAAGGUCGCCUCGACCUUGGUUCAGACCUCGGCUGCUCGCACUGCCUUGACUGUUCCCCGCAUGGUUGUUCGCCGCACCAUGGCCACCGACGGAAAGUUCUCUCGCAACAAGCCUCACGUCAACAUUGGAACCAUCGGCCACGUCGAUCACGGAAAGACCACCUUGACUGCUGCCAUCACUAAGACCCUCGCCUCUUUGGGUCAGGCUGAGUUCAAGGACUACAACCAGAUCGACAAGGCUCCCGAGGAGAAGGCCAGAGGUAUCACCAUCUCGACCGCUCACGUCGAGUACGAGACCGCCAACAGACAUUACGCCCAUGUCGACUGCCCUGGACACGCUGAUUACAUCAAGAACAUGAUCACUGGUGCUGCCCAGAUGGAUGGUGCUAUCAUUGUCGUCGCCGCCACCGAUGGUCAGAUGCCCCAGACCCGUGAGCACUUGUUGCUCGCCAAGCAGGUCGGUAUCCAGAAGUUGGUCGUCUUCAUCAACAAGGUCGAUGCCGUCGAUGAUCCAGAGAUGUUGGAGCUCGUCGACAUGGAGAUGCGCGAUGUCCUCACCACCUACGGUUUCGAUGGUGAGAACACCCCCAUCAUCUCGGGAUCUGCUCUCUGCGCCUUGGAGGGUCGCAACAAGGAGAUUGGUGAGGAUGCCAUCAUGAAGCUCAUGGAAGCCGUCGACACCCACAUUGACACCCCCAUCCGUGACUUUGAAAAGCCUUUCUUGAUGCCCGUCGAGGAUGUCUUCUCCAUUUCUGGUCGUGGUACCGUCGCCACCGGCCGUGUCGAGCGUGGUACCAUCACCAAGGGUGCUGAAAUCGAAAUUGUCGGUAUGGGCCCCAGCUUCAAGACCAUCUUGACCGGUAUUGAGAUGUUCCACAAGGAGCUCGACCGUGGUCAGGCUGGUGAUAACAUGGGUGCUUUGCUCCGUGGUGUCAAGCGUGAGCAGCUUCGCCGUGGUAUGGUUCUUGCCCAGCCCGGCACCGUCAAGGCCUACAAGAAGUUCGCCGCUUCGCUCUACAUCUUGACCAAGGAUGAGGGUGGACGUCACACUGGAUUCUUGAACAACUACCGCCCCCAGAUGUUCGUCCGUACCUCGGAUGUCACUGUCACAUUGACCCACCCUCCAGAGGAGGAGGAUGCCGAGAAGAUGGUCUUGCCCGGAGAUAACGUCACCAUGAACUGCGAGCUCACCAACGGAGUCCCAUUGGAGAAGGGUCAGCGCUUCACCAUUCGUGAGGGUGGCCGCACCGUCGGUACCGGUGUCAUCUCUGAGUUGAUGGAGUAA